GUACCAGACGAGAGGGCGCUUAAAGCGGCGCUACAAGGGAGCCCUCUAGGCGGGAACUACAAAUAUAGAAAAGAUGCGUGAUUGUUUUUCUCUGUUCCAACUUGUCAUUCAGUGUACAUAUGAUUUCUAGAGGAAGUAUAAUAAAGUUUGUUGUUAUUGUAUCAUAUAUGAAAUUUACUUAAAUCUACGAUAUAAAAUACUUCAAGUUAUGUAAAAAAAAUGGUUGACUUUAAGAAUCUAGAACGGGCGUUAAAGCAAUUGAGAGAAAAUGUUGCAGAAUUUUCAAUCGGUGCAGUUUGCAAAGAUGAUUACAGACCUACAGAUGAGAAGAUUGAAAUUUUAAGAAAAUCAAUUCAUCGCUUAACCUCUAGGACGAUAAUGCUUAAAGCUAAAAAAGAUAACACAUUAACUGAGGAAGUGCCUACAAACGAUAUGGAAGAUACUUUUCAAAGGCUACAAGAAGAUACAGCUAAAGCAAUUAUAAAUAAUAUUGCAAUUGAACAAUGUUUACAUAGUAGUACUAUACUGGAUGUUAUGUCUGACAAACAUCAAACUGACGUUCAGGAGAAAAUGUACGCGGCUAUGAAGAAGUUAUUUAUGUUAAAUGAUGCCAUUUUAUCGACUCAGCAAUCUGUUCAAAAUGCAUUUAAAAAACAAUUGGAUUUAAAGAUACAAUGUCAGAAAGCAAUAUUUGACCAUCAUAGCUUUUUAAAGGAGAAGGAAGAGCAAAGAAAGCAAAAGUUACAGAAAACAAAUCCUACCGUAGUAAAAAAUAAAGAAAAAAUGAUGAGAAAUAUAAACAAGAUAAAUGUAAUGAAAAAACUUAUCACUAAUUUCAUAGCAACUUCAGGAGAACUCUUGAUGAAAGAACCUUUCUUAUUAGAAAUGUUAGAAAAACAUGCAGAAUUAAUUAACGAAGAAACAACAAGAAAAAUAACAGAGAAUGCUAACAAGGACAAAGUGUAAAAGUGUAGAAAAUGUUUCCUUUUUCUUUCUGUAUUUUUCUUUUUCUUUUUUUUUUGUUUUUUUUAUACUUUUAUACGACAAUGAUGUAAUCAUAAUAAUAAAUAUUAAUAUUUUUAAUAAGUUCUUGCAUUUCAUAUGAAAAUGUUCAAUAAAAUUUAUGCGAAUCGAUGGACAAAGAAUUGCAAUGAAGAUAUUAAAAAACUCGACCGGUGAUUUGAUCUAUUUAUAUUAGUAUUACAAAUAUCUCGCUUUUCUUUUGAUUAUGAAAAAGAAAAAGAAACAUUAAAGAUACUUAUCUGAUUGUUAACUACCAAAUAGAGAGUAUUUUGAUAAAAAAAUGAUAUUUCUCGCAAUAUUCUUAUUCGUAUAUACAUACAUUCAACAAAAUAGAUUGGCAAAUACAUAUGUUGCAUUAUAAUAAUAAUAAUAAUAAUAAUAAUAAUCUUUUCUACAUACUGUUUUGUUUCAUUUUUUCAUAUCAAUCACAAACUUAAAGUGCAGGGCAAUAAAUUGAAAGAAUUUUAACUUUUCAUAAAGUGGAUAGAU